GCAGGUGGAGGAGGCAGGGCCACACCCUGGUUUGCUCAGUGAAAAGGAGCCUGCUAUGCCCAGAGCCUGCCUAGCUGGGACCAGCAGCCACAGGUGACCUCUGUGGGUGUUCUGAAGACCUCUCCAGAAAUGCCUCCUCUGCUCCCAGGGCUGGGUUUCCUCCUCCUGCUGGGGUGGCAGGGAGCUGCUGCAGCUGCUGCUGGGACACAGCUGUGCUCCAGCUCCCCCAUCAAUGAAUCUGCCGUGUGUGCCUCGGUGCAAAGUGCCAGCCAGGAGCAGUUCCUGGAGGUGGCCCGAGGCCAAACUUCCCCGUGCAGCCUCACUUUUGGCCAAUUCGCCUGUGCACAGGGAGCUUGGCUCCAGGACCUUCAGGAUGAUUUCCUCAUAUCCUUAUAUUCCUGCCUGGCCUCUAAACCUGCCACAGCCGUCGAUCCAGAAUAUUCCAUUCUGUUCUUUUCCAAAUAUGAUGCCAAGAAGCUUUUGGCCUCCCUGACCAUGUUCAGCCAGCGGUUUUCCCACGUGCCCCUUUCCCUCGAGUGGAGCCUGAUCCUCAUGAAUGGCCUGUGGGAAAGGAUGCUGCGAGUGCCUGGCAUUGAGAGCCCCCCAGUGCUGGCCCAGUGGGUCCAUGAGGGACUUGAGCCAUUCCUGGUGGAGCCCAAGGUCUUUGGCUGCCUCCGUGCCAAGGAUGUGUCCUGUGAGGAAUUCCAGCUGGUAGUCGCUGCCCUGGAUGGAAUCUAUUCCCAGCUUCCUGUGGAGGAGCAGAGGAAUCUUUACACUGGGAUCAAGCACUUCCUCAUCCAGGAUGAAUCCAGCCAGAAAUGCUACAGUGAGGCCAUUCCUGGUCUGAAUUCCACUGCCUGGUUUCGGAAUUAUCUUGGAUCCUUUCUGGAGCACGCCACCAUGGAGGACCUGCAGCUUUUUGGGGAUGAGCCAACGCUUCAAAAAUUUGCCAGGGAUCCAGUGGAUGUGGAGAUGGUCAGGAACCUCACCUUGCUCCGGGACACUGCUCAGUACUACACCUUCCUCCUGACCUCUGCUCCUGGUUUUCCACUGUCAAGCCUCCCAGACAGAUUUAUUUGCUCCCUGAGCCCCUCGGCAGUGAGGAACCUGAGCAGGGAGGAGGCUUUGGGUGUGGCCCAGAGGCUCGGGAAGAGCUGCCCAUGGACCAAGGGAAUGCCUGGAAAGAGAGCUCUCUCCUCCCUGGCAGCGCAGGAACUGCAGGUCGCAUCUUUCUUGGUGAGGAACUUGGAGGAUUUCUCUCCAGCAGUCCUGGGAGCCUUGGGCCAGGCUGCCCUGGGGCUCUCUGUGUCCAGCAUCCAGAACAGCAUCCCUGAGGAGUACCUGGAAGCAGCUCUUCCUGUCCUGGGAAGUGUCCGUGGCUGGAAGGCUGAGCAGUCCAGGGCUAUUGUCAACAAACUGCUCCGCUCUGGCUACCAGAUCCUGGAUGGACAGAGCCUGGCACAGCUGGGGAGUUUGGUGGGUGGCCUCAACAGCAGCACGCUCUGGAGCCUGCCCCCAAAAGUCGUCCUGGAGGCCCUCCAGCUGCCUGGCUUUACCCAGCACAUGGACCUGCUGCCCUCUGCUCUGAAAAGGACCCUGGUGGAAAAGGUUUCCUCCAGUGUUGGCCACCCCGCUGAGCUGGUGAAACUCAUUCCCAGUGCUCUGGCCAGCUAUAUUCCAAAAUCCCUGCUUGUUUUUGGGGAAGAGAAGCCAAAUGUGCAGGACCUCAACAAUAAACCGUGGACCAGAGAGCAGGCUGCCAUGUUUUUCAGUGAUGUGGUAAAGGGAGAGCCUGACUUCAGCAGGCUUUCCCAGUCUGUCCUCCAAGGCUUCACCUGUGCAGCUGCCAGUGCUGUGGGAGCAGAAAGGUUUCAGGAGCUGGCCAAAGUCAUGAGGAAGAAGAACGUCAGGCUGGGACAGGACCAGCUGAGCUGCUUACUGAAGAUGGUGACACUGCAUGGGAUUCCCAAGGAUUUGGACAGUUACCCUAAAGACCUGUUGCUGUUUUUAAGCCCCUCGGACUAUGCAGCCACAGGGAGCUGCAGCCAGUUCUUUAUCAAUGUUGGGAAGGCAAACGUGGAUGUUCUGCCCAGAGAGGCCCCUCGGAGGCAGCAGCUGCUCCUGGAGGCUCUGGCGUGUCUGAAAAUCCCUGGCACACAAAUAAAUGAGGAAAAUGCCGAGAUUCUGGGACGGCUGGUCUGUGACCUGGGUGGGGAAUACAUCAGGAGUUCUGGUGGGAGUUUGCUGAAGGAUUUGAGCCAGUGUGGAUCUUUCCUGCCUGACCAAGAAGAGGCAAUCAGGGAUGUCAUCAGCAGUGGCAACACCACCUUUGGGCCUCCUGCAGCGUGGUCAGCCUUCACCCUGAGUGAGCUCAGCGGGCUGAUCCCUGUGCUGGGUCACAGCAUCCUGCAGCAGAUUCCCAAGAAUGCUUUGACCACUUGGCUGAGAAACUUUGCCUGGGAUUCCCCUCUGUCCAGGGCAGAGCUGGGCACCGUUGUUGGGGAGCUGCUGCCUCGCCGGCACAAGCGAGCGGAUGGUUGCCCACCUGACAAAGAGAUAACAGAGGCAGUUCUGAACAAUGACCUGAUGCCCGCCUUCUACAGCCCCGAGGAGCUGCACGCCUGCCUCCAGAAUGUCUCCCUGGAAAAUCACCUGUCCCAGCUCCCCACCUACCCCUUCAGUGUCCCACAGCUGGCUGUGCUGAAGGAAUACCUGGAUGAGACGUAUCCCAAUGGUUAUCCUGAAAGCCUGCUCUCCAACCUGAGCCCUUUCCUUCCCCUCAUCACCCCGGAGGAAAUCUCCACCUGGAAGAUCAGCUCAGCUGACACAUUGGCUGCCUUCCUGAAAAAUGAGCCCUCGGAUUCCCUGGCCUCAGCAGCAAUUAAACGCUACGUGGGGCUGGGCAAUGCCUUGAAUGCCACGGCCCUGAAUGCCAUCGGCAAGAGAUACGUGUGCCUGUUGAAUGCCACUGAGCUGAAGGCCAUUGACCCCCCCAGCCUCAAGUUGGCAUCUCUGGAUCCUUCAGCCUGCUCACAGGAGACAAAGGACAUCUUAUAUGAGAAAGCCAAAAAGGCUUUCUCUGACCAGCACCAUUUACCUGCUUACUAUCAGCUGAUCUUACCUUACCUGGGGAGUGCUCCUGCUGCGGAUCUCAAGGCUCUCAGCAAGGGCAACGUGAACAUGAACGUGAGCACGUUUGUGACUUUGAGAAGAGAGUCUCUGAUGAGCCUCACACCCUCGGAGGUUCAGGGCCUGCUGGGGAUGAACCUCCCUGAGCUGGCCCAGUGGCAGUACAGGACUCCUGUCCGGGAAUGGAUCCAGGUGCAGAAGCAGUCAGAGCUGGACAAACUCCACAUCGGGCUCACAGGGGGCAUGCAGGAGGGCUACAUCAACAUCAUCACCCCCAAAUUCCCAGCAGUGUCCUCAGCCCCUCUGGGGACCGUGGCCAUGGCAUUUCACCUCCUACAUGCCCUGCUCCUCAGUUUCCUCAUGGUGUCCAUCUUGUCUUGACCAUCUCCUCCCAUGAGGAACCAAGAUGAGGGGGAACAGCCUGUGCCCUGCUCUGAGACCUGGGGUGAGACCUGGAGCUCCAGGCAGCUGGGAUUAGCACAGGACUCACUUUUAAGUACUUAUGGCUUUCAAAUCCCUUGAUAAAAAAACCCCAGUUCUGUCUGAAGGGAAGAUUCCAGACUCUUUGGAGCAGGAUCUUUGCCUUUGGUACAGCCCAAGCCCAGUUCAACCCCAAACCACUGCUAAACCACAUCUUACUGCUGGGUUUAAGGGUGAGUCCUGCAGGUUAAAAGUGACAUUUCUCAGAGCCUGACCUCGUGACACUGCCAAGACCUCAGGGUGGGAGUGAAGUUUUCCAGCUUCUUGUAAAUAAAUCCUGGAACGAAGUAAAAAUGCCAGAAGCAAAUGGA